GUUUUAGCUUCCUCGUUAUUAUUAUAAUUCUAUCGUCACUUUCAAGUUGUGUAAGUUUAUUGGUUUGGAUGUAUAAAAUGAUCUUCCGCCUUGCGAAUGUCGUUGAAGUUUGAUACGCAUUGUCAUCUACUAACACUGGAGUGUUUAUCAUAUCAGUUGAAACAGUUUGAAUCGCCGUUAUCAGUAAUAUUGUGUUCAUAUGAAUCAAAAUAGUGAAAAACAUGUUAUGUAGUGUGGGCAUUUAACAAAUUUAUAGACAAUUGUUUCACAAGUUAGUAAAGCGAUGUAAAAUAGAAAGGAUUUUCUCAUGUUUGAAAUGAAAGGAACGUGUAAUUAUUUAUAUAACUGAAGCUCUGCCUGUUGAAAUAAUCUCUCGUCAGGGAUUAUCUUACCAAAUCCAGCCAAGAUGAACUUCACUACUUUGAUGGUUGUGAUUUUGGGUAUAUCGAUAUUGGUGUUUGGUGCGGAGCAAAACACAUCAACAGCACCAACAGAUGAAAACAGAACAACAGCGUCACCAGGGUCGCCGACAAACAAAACAUCAGAAGUGUCGUCAACAACAACAACAACAACAACAACAACAUCUCCAUCGACUGAUACACCUGAUUGUGGAAGCCUGAAAAACAUUUCAAAUGGCAAGCUAACCAGACAUAACGUCACAACGGUCGGUGGAGUAGCCACACUUGUGUGUAAUGAAGGAUAUAAUAUCACCGGAGAUGGAACGAUAUCCUGUAUGGCGAAUGGGAGUUGGUCACCAAGUCCGACCUGUAAAAUAAAAGAUUGUGGAAGCCUGAAAAACAUUUCAAAUGGCAAGCUAACCAGACCUAACGUCACAACGGUCGGUGGAGUAGCCACACUUGUGUGUAAUGAAGGAUAUAAUAUCACUGGAGAUGGAACGAUAUCCUGUAUGGCGAAUGGGAGUUGGUCACCAAGUCCGACCUGUAAAAUAAAAGACUGUGGCGUUUUUCCGCAUAAAGACAACAUCAACGUAUCAUACCCUGAAGGUUCUUCAUACCAAGCUAAUGCGACUGUUACUUGUGUACCUGGCUACGAGAUCAACAACACAGGAGGAGAGAAAACACAAUACGUCACAUGCCUAAACGACGGGAAUUGGAGUAUACCGAAAGGUUGUGUAAAGAAAGACUGUGGCGUUAUUCCGCAUAAAGACAACAUCAACGUAUCAUACCCUGAAGGUUCUUCAUACCAAGCUAAUGCGACUGUUACUUGUGUACCUGGCUACAAGAUCAAUAACACAGGAGGAGAGGAAACACAAUACGUCACAUGCCUAAACGACGGGAAUUGGAGUAUACCGAAAGGUUGUGUAAAGAAAGACUGUGGCGUUAUUCCGCAUAAAGACAACAUCAACGUAUCAUACCCUGAAGGUUCUUCAUACCAAGCUAAUGCGACUGUUACUUGUGUACCUGGCUACAAGAUCAAUAACACAGGAGGAGAGGAAACACAAUACGUCACAUGCCUAAACGACGGGAAUUGGAGUAUACCGAAAGGUUGUGUAAAGAAAGACUGUGACGAUAUUCCGCAUAAAGACAACAUCAACGUAUCAUACCCUGAAGGUUCUUCAUACCAAGCUAAUGCGACUGUUACUUGUGUACCUGGCUACGAGAUCAAUAACACAGGAGGAGAGGAAACACAAUACGUCACAUGCCUAAACGACGGGAAUUGGAGUAUACCGAAAGGUUGUGUAAAGAAAGAAAUACAGUUUAAUGAAUCAUGCACACCAGUUGAUGGACUAAAUCUUUGCAUCACUGACAAUGCAGUAUGCAGGAAAGAGGAGGACAGGGGUUACACGUGUGUAUGUAAAGAGACUGCUCCUUAUUUUUACAACAACGCCUGUAUUGCGGGUCUGAAUAUAACCGUUACAGGCAUAAACUGCUUUGUAAGUGGAAACCAAGUAUUAGGACCUGCUUCUAACUCAAUAAUGAUAGCUUGUACUAGUCCUUCGAUCUCCGAAGAUACAUUCGAUGGCUACAACGUGCGCAUAGUUAACAGUACAAGGCAGUGGAGUUUCGUCAGAAAGGAGAACACUAAUAAUAUAUUAGACAAUUUAAAAGCAGGAGAAAUAUAUCACAUAGAAAUAUUUCCGUCAAAAGAUUCUAUCCCUAGCAUAGAAAGGAAAACUAUUGAAGGAGUAACAAGACCAACAAGUGAAGCAAACUGGAGUUUACGUUCUAUUGAUACCAGUUGGUUUUUAUUUGAAAACAAUGACACAUCUGCCGAUCCACUGAAAACAUAUAGUGUUGAACUUAAUACAACGGAUAUUAAUUUUUCUACAAAUUGUUCAUCAAAAACCGAAAGGGAAGAAACUACAAUUUGUUCGAUACUUCAAAACGAGUCCUAUCUUAACAUUUCGAAACUCAUUUCAGGCAGUUCUUAUGAAAUACAGAUAUUUUCUCAAAUUAAGUUCAACGGUAUAGAUAUUAAAAGCAAUACACCUCAGUUCUUCGUCAACUACACAGUUCCUGAAUUGCCUGAUGUUAUUAAUAUUCCUCUUGGCAAUAUUACCCAUGACAGCUUCAUCGUUUCAUUCGAAAGUAAUGGCAACAAUAGAUUCACAUAUUGGAGUGUAGUUGUGAUCAACAGUGAAACAGGGAAAUGGGUAGCAGAAGACACCCGUCCUUCUGACGUCAAAGCACUGCAGAUAUCAACAAAUAUCACCUCUUCAACAUUUUACGUGGUUCAGGUCCAGACGCAUGUUCCAAUGCAAUCCAGCGAUUUGUUUAACACAACUUUCAAUACAAGACCUCGGCGACCAAACAGUGGCGUUCUGGUGAAAGCAAAUGUGACCGAACGUGAGAUAACGUUAUACAUAAAGGAAAGUGAAGAAGAGCGUUUUGAUUAUUAUUCUUUGAUCAUUACCAGUACAGAUAAAGCCUUGUUUUCACUCACUGGCCCUUCAAAUGUUUCUUGUGAGCAAAUCGGAAAUAACUGCACAUUCCCACGAACCGCCAAUUUUUCGACGGAAGUAACAGUAAAGAAACUAAAUUCCGGGAAAUUUUACUCAAUACAUCUUUAUUCAAUUUUUAAUGGACUGCCAAGCCUUGAAUCACAGGAUUUGUCUUCGUACACAGUGCCUGCCUUGCCGCAUUUCAUUGUCGAAAAUAUAUCAUCAAAUGGCUUCUUCGUGGGUUUUAACGAGACGCAAACAAAUUUUCUCUGGUGGAAUAUAAUCGGUAUUGAAGAAACUUCAAACAAAGUACCACGAUCUAGCCUUUCGUACAAGUUUGAAAACCUGCUUUCGGGUCAUCAAUACGAUCUCGAAAUAUAUACCGAAGUUGAUGGUUUUAUUUCAUUGAAGAAUUAUACAGAAACCGUCUUCACUUUGCCUUCAACGCCUUCGCUGCUUGAAUUCCCGAUCGAAUAUGUAAAAGAGAACAGUUUCAAAGCAAACAUCACAGUGCCAAAUACAAGAUUCGACAAUCUGAGUAUUAAAGUCUGUGAGGAUUUAGAACCGUCCACCUGUUACACCAGAGAAGUUAACAACACUUAUUUUAAUGGCCACGACAGUGUAACGAAGCUUUUGUCUUUUGAGAACUUAUCGUCAGCUACAAAUUACAGCGUAACUGCUAAAACUGGAUUAGCAAACGGCGUGAACAGCGUUACAUCAUUCGUAUAUUACAUGAAUACAGCUCCUGUACCUCCAAGAGUGCAUUUGGAGUAUGUAGAGGAAACUUUGAUUGAAUUGAAUGUAACUGGAAACACAGAACUAAAAAUUGAUAAGUACUGCAUACAAUUGAAUACAUCGAAUUGCUAUAAGAUAGAUGUUGACACACCUGGAACCAUUAUUAUUUCGAACUUACAAGCUGGUCAAAACUACUCCCUGAAAGUUUAUACUGUUUGGAAUGAUAUUGAAAGUGAACGAUUUAAAGAAAUCGAGACAUAUACGAAACCUAAUCCAGUUAAGGCGGACGAAAUAGACGUUGAUGUGGUAACUAAUUCAACUCUAUCUGUUGUCUGGAACAAACCCCCAGCAUAUACGCACGGAUACGAACUACAAUGGAAUUGUGAAAGCCCAAAUAUUGGCACAAAUAUGGAAAAUGAUCAGGCUCAAAAUGUCAAGUUGUUAUCAGCUACUGUUUCCAAUCUUGAUCCAGGAACGUUUUGCAAUGUUACAAUUACGGCAUAUAUAAUAAACUAUGACAACGCUACUCUUCAAGCAAUGGGUGUUUUCAAAGUUAUUUUAAACAGCACAUUGGAAGAAGCUCCGGGAAUCCCAGAGUCGAUAGAAAACACAGAUUUGACAUCAAGAACAAGCACAAUUGAGUUGCAAGAGCCCAAUAAAAGAAAUGGUAUUCUUCGAAGAUAUGAUAUUUGGGUCCUUAACAAUGAAACAGAGACAUGUGAACAAUUGAUGACGUACAAGUGUACGGACUGUGACGGAUCUUCGCCAAAUGCUUCAAAUUCGGUUCCAAACACGUGUAUCAAAUCGCAUUCUGAAAUGUUCUCUAAAAGAGACGCGACUUUGUCUUGGAAAAUUCAACAGCUUCACCCAUUCCGAGAUUACUCAGCGCAUGUUGUUGUUUACACGACUAAACCAGGAGGUGUUUCGGCAAUAACGUUUGAGACACAUGAAGACGUUCCCGGUAAGCCAGUGGGACUCAAUGCAAGCACGACCCACGACUCGUAUUCUCUUCAAUGGAGUCCUCCAGAGGAACGCAAUGGCAUUGUGCUUAACUACACUGUUAAGGCUGCUUACUAUGAACACGCAUGUGGAGGUUUUGGCCCUCUGCAAGUUGAACGUUAUGGCGUCGAAUUAGAUCCGAAAACAAAGUUCACUCAGAACGGGCUGCAUGCAUAUUGGCAAUACAAUCUUACAGUAGAAGCAACUAAUGCAAUUGCCACAGGAAAACCGUCUGAAUUUAUAUCAGUUAGGACAAAGGAGACAAACCCUGGAUCAGUACAACAACUUAAUUACCAAGAUGUUUCUUCAAAAAGUGUUGGCGUGUCCUGGACAAAGCCUUGUUUUGCAAAUGGAAUACUAACGGGAUAUUCAGUUAACAUAACAAAAUUGUUAUCACAAGGACAAGAAGAAAAUUCGUAUACUAAAUCAUACAAAAUAGAUGUAGCCAACGAUUCAACGUCCAUAUAUGAUUUACUCCCAUACAGAAGCUACAAGGUUGAAGUGUAUGCUUUAAAUAGCGCAGGUGAUGGCGAAUUAUCGAAUGUUUCGUUCCGGACGAAAAUUGACUAUCCAGACAAACCAAUCAAGGUGUCCACAAAAAAUAAAACCUCGUCAUCUCUCCUGAUUGAAUGGGAAAAGGCUGUCCAUUUUAAUGGUCCAACUAAGUACAUAGUACAUAUAAACGAUUCAGUGAAUGGUUCCAUUAGAAUUCAGUCGUGCAAAACUAGUGUUAGUAAUUGGACGGACACGCUGGCAACCGAUUGCAAUGUGCCUGGUCUUGACGCUUACUGGGAAUACGACAUCGUUGUUGACGCAAUUACGUUUGAGGAAGGUUUUGGCGAAUUAAUAGAAAGCUCGGAAAGGAAAACAUUUCGAACUGCCGACGCCGUUCCUGGACCUGUAGCACAAUUCGAUGUAACACCAGAACAGAAUGUGUUGGAGGAAAGGAACUUUCAUAUUGACUGGAAAAAGCCUAUUGCUAGGGACUUAAACGGCGUCCUAACAGGAUUUGUAAUUCACUAUCAAAGUGAAAAGAUUGAGGUACGUGUUGGUCCAAACACAACAAGCAAGACGUUAUACCGCAAUGUAAUUGGUAGCUACAAUGUGUCGAUACAAGCACGUACAAGUGUAGGGCCUGGUGCAGCUGUCCAUAAAGAGAUCACGGUGAACCCUGGAGCUCCGAUAAAAGUUGACGAAAGCAAGAAUCCAUUGAUGCUAAAGGCGUCCGUGUCUGUUGACGAUGACGAGAAGCAGAUAGCAGUUACUCUUCCACUUGCAGAGUUUCUUUGCAAUAGGACUAAUGGUCCACCAACUAUGUGGGGCAUUGUAGUUGCAGAAGCAGAUGAGGCAGCUACAGAUACCGCAUUUGCUGGUAAAAGAAACGACUUUCAAAAGAAGAUCGAUGACAUAUACAAGACCUGGUUUCAAGUAGACGGCUUAAACAAUAUCCCCCCAUAUAUUGUCACAAAGCCAAAUUGGAAGCCACCAUGCUCAAACAAGAAUCGGCGAAAGCGUUCUGCAACAGAUGAUUCGAACAUAUAUGUCAUUGGAAAUGACGUGUGUCAUGGUUCUUCUACUACAAAGGAAUAUUGCAAUGGGCCUUUACCUGAUGGACGCUCUUUCAAAGUAAAAUCCUUUGUUUGUACGGACUACGGCUGCAGUGAAUCUGUAUACUCACAACCGAUAGAAACAGUGAAAAUACUCGUAAAAGAGCCUAAUAUGACAGCGGCAUUUGUGGGCGGAGCAGUAUCAGCGGUUGUUGUUCUGGUCCUAGUUGUAUUGGUGAUCUUCUUUAUGAGACGAAGACAGGCAGCGUGUUUCAAAAAGGACACAGAAAGCAUUUCACAUACUUCCAGUGACCAAUUCGGUGAAAUGGGGACAAUGCAAACAAGGGAAAAACCUGUUGCUGUUUACAAACCGGGUCCAGUUAAACUUACUGAGUUUCCAGACUUUGUAGAGAAAAUGCACAAGGACAGUGAUCUUCUCUUUGCUGAUGCUUACAAGGCUAUCAAGGAAAAAAGCCCUAAACAUCCUUGUACAGUUGCUGAAUCUCAGAACUGCAGAGCGAAAAAUCGAUAUACCAACAUUCUGUCAUUUGACCACUCUCGAGUAAAACUUCGGCCGUCCGACGAUGUUGACGGAUCCGACUUUAUAAAUGCAAAUUACAUACCGGGCUACACAUCCCCACGCGAGUAUAUUGCCACCCAGGGUCCGAUGCUGGCGACGUUUGACGAUUUCUGGCGAAUGGUGUGGGAGCAAAAUGUGGACACGAUUGUCAUGCUGACGAAGCUCGUGGAAAAAGGAAGGAUUAAGUGUGAUAAGUACUGGCCGGACGUGAACGAACCAGUUUAUUACGGGGACCUGGUUGUCUCGGUGACGUCAGAGUCUAACCUCUCCGACUACACACUUAGAAUAUUCGAAAUAAAAAUGAAGGGGGAACGGCGUUCUGUCCGUCAGUUCGCUUACUUGAAGUGGCCAGAUAUGGGCUGCCCUGAGGAUCCGGAAAUGCUUCUGGAGUUCGUAAAGUCAGUGAAAGAGCACAACAAGCGUCCAGGUGGCGCACAAAAUGCUGGGCCCAUGAUUGUGCACUGCAGCGCUGGUGUGGGUCGGACGGGAACGUUUAUCGUGGUGGACCACGUACUGCAGCACAUUCGAGACCAUGACGAAGUAGACGUAUACAAACUUGUGCUUGAUAUGAGGAACCACCGAUGCAACAUGGUCCAAACUGAGGACCAGUUCAUCUAUAUCCACGAGUGUCUGAAGGCGUUUAUAACCACUGACGAGGAUGAGGAGGAGGAGGAGCCGGAAGAUGAACACCUGUACGAAAAUACACGAAUGGGGGAAGAUAAUAUCUACGAAAACACGGCAUAUCAGAACGAUUCAUUAUAAAAACAUUCUGACAAAUGCGCGCAACGGCAGCUAAAGCUGAAUUUAUCUAGACACUACAAAACAGUAAUGAGAGCAUCCAUGAACUUUCCAUUCUACAGUGAUAUAUCGGCUUACAGUUUGAUAUGUUUUGAAAUUUUAAAUGCAUUCGUUUCGUUUGUAUUAAAAUGAUGUUGUGAAUCAACAACUCUUCGAUGUAUAUUAAGCAGUGUUAAGCUUUGGUAUACUGCCUUCAUUUUAAUACAUUCAUUUGAUAUUGUUUUCCAUGAAAUCGGUAUUUACAUUUCUUUCUUCGCUUCUUCUUACGUUAUUCUUUCCAUAUUUAUAUGUACGUGUGAUAUGUGCCAUUAUUGAACUGUUUUAAUGUAAGUUAAUUGCAACGAUGCUAUCUACGCCUUGCUUGUGUAAGGUCAAAGACAAAGAAACAAGCAUACAAGUCAAUAUGAUAAUUGUUUUUUGAUAACAAAAUAUUUGGUUAAAUCACAAAUAAUAUUAAAAGUUAAAUAUGCAAACUAUUUUUGUUAUGUUAUUUUUAAAUAAAAUCAGCUUUAAGUAAUUGCAAGUAAGAUGAGAAACAAUGCGAAAAUAUGCUUGAGUUCAUCAAUUAAAAUGUAUUCGAGUUCACUACAGCACAUUUUCAUAAAUCGGGGCUCAUAUAUUUCCUCUAAAUUUAAUCAAGACACAAAGCGUGAAAGAGUCUGUGUACGGUUUCUCUUACACACAAACAAAACAAAGUGGGCAGGUGGAAUUUGGCAAAAUUUGCAUUCAUUUAUCAACUUUGUCUUUGUUAAUUUUGACUUUUUUGAAUAUGAAGAUUACUCAGAAAACCCGUUUUAUAUUGUCCACAUAAGAUCCAGCCUUCCUAUUGCCUUAUGUCUUGUAUCAUUGUAUAAAUUAUGUGUGUUUAUUUAUCACAAGAAACUUUAAAGUUUACGUAGUUAAAUUCGUUUCUUUUCUUCUCUGUUCUGUGUCAAACUUUAAAUGCUUUUUAAUGUGAUUCUUUGAUUAUUUAAUUCGCAAAUAAUGUCUCUAAGUAUAAUAAUGAUGAAAUAAAACAUAUUCUUACUUUGCAUAAUAAAUGGAUUCAACAGA